CGACCGCCCGCCCACAGCGCCUGGAGCGUACGACAAAAGCGUUUUUUGCACGCUCAGCGUAACCAGCACACGGGCAGGAUCGCGCGCGCUGAGCGGGGCGCGGGCGGGCGAUGAUCUCCAACGUGCUGCUGAUCAACCAGAAGGGCGAAGUGGUCAUCUCGCGCAUUUACCGCGAGGGCGCGAGCCAGAAGACGAUCGACACCUUCCGCAACCAGGUGAUCGCCAGCAAGGAGGCCGGCAGGCUUCCGGUCAAGGUGCUCGACCACACCGCCUUCAUGUUUAUCAAGCACGGCAACAUGUACGCUGUCGCCGUCUCUUCGGGCAACGCGCAGGCCGCGCUCGCCUUUCAGUUCCUGCACGAGCUGAUCAAGGUGCUCAAGUCGUACUUUGGCGACUUUACGGAGGAGUCGGUGCGCAACAACUUCAUCCUCAUCUACGAGCUGCUCGACGAGGUCCUCGACUACGGCUACCCGCAAAACACCUCGGACGACGUGCUCAAGAUGUACAUCACCCAGGAGGGCAACCGCAAGGCGAUGCAGGACCGCGCCGGCGGCGCCUCCUCGGGCGUCACCAUCCAGGCGACGGGCGCAAUUAGCUGGCGCAAGGAGGGCAUCAAGUACCGGAAGAACGAGCUCUUCAUCGACGUGGUCGAGAACUGCAACCUGCUCAUGUCGUCCAAGGGCACCAUCCUCCGCAACGACGUCUCCGGCUGCAUCAUGGUCAAGUGCUACCUCUCGGGGCAGCCCGAGUGCAAGUUUGGGCUCAACGACAAGCUGCUGCUCGACAACGAGGCAAAGGCCAAAAAGUCGAACCUGCGGCGGCCCGGCUCGGGCAUCGACAUCGACGACGUCUCCUUCCACCAGUGCGUCAAGCUCGGCAAGUUUGACAUGGACCGCACCAUCUCGUUUGUGCCGCCCGACGGCGAGUUCCAGCUCAUGUCGUACCGCAUCACCGAGAACGUCAAUUUGCCCUUCCGCGUGCUGCCCGUCGUCAAGGAGUUGGGCCGGACGCGGCUCGAGAUCAACAUCAAGGUCAAGUCGAUGUUCACCUUCAAGCUCUUCGCGACAAACGUGGUCAUCAAGAUCCCGUGCCCGAAGAACACCGCCAUCGCGAACGUCAGCGCCGCUUCGGGCAAGUGCAAAUACGAGCCAGAGCACGGGGGCAUCAUCUGGAAGCUUCGGCGCUUCCCGGGGGACACCGAGUACUUCAUGUCGGGCGAAGUCGAGAUGAUGCAGUCGGUGAGCGAAAAGGUGUGGAGUCGACCGCCGAUCACCAUGGAUUUCCAGGUCCCCAUGUUCGCCGCCUCGGGCCUGCACGUCCGCUUCUUGAAGGUCUUCGAGAAGUCGAACUACCAGACAAUCAAAUGGGUGCGAUAUAUCACAAAGGCCGGCCAGUACCAGCACCGCAUCUGAACGUCUCGACGACGCGGUUACGUGGGGGCGCGGCGUUGCCGCGUCGCCCAUCGCGGCUCGGUAGAAUCUCUCACACUGCUCUCGUACGUUCACUAGUUGGUGUGAGGUGUCUGAAAAUACACGAACACGUGAG